CACAAUUAUUCGGAGGCGCCAUAAAAUCAAUUAUAUACCCGUAUAUCACUCUUUUUUGGCAAAGUUUGCCUCAUAAGCCCAUCAGUGUAAUUCAUUUAUCUCAGCCUCCAAACUCCAACGGGAGAUCUUCACGUGGACCCAAUGCCCACUUCACUCUUAGCGCGUCAUGAUACAUCCCUCCUCUCUCCUACACCAAACAGUCUCCCUUUCAACCAACACAAUCACUAGAAACAAGCUAUCAUCACAAUGUCAAGCCAAUCAGGCGGUAUCACAGUCCAGUACAACCCUUCCUCAACAAACUAUCGCCUCAUCGAACUCCCUCCGGACCUAUUAUCUCUUCUCGAAUCCGACGAUGCACCCGUAUUGACCAUGGAGUCCUCUGAUUCAUCGGCUGUUAUCAAAACGCCUACAAAGACGUACGCUCUUCGUCAGAAGAACACUUCGAAUGCUCUCAUGCUCCUCUCACCUACGCCUUUGCCUGCAUCGUCAGAUGGACCCCUCGAGCAGGGCGUCUCUAUCAUUUCGACCAUCAAGGAGACUGUGGAGCUAGAUACUGUUCCUGAUGUGUCUGCUGGCACUACGAAAGGAUUUGGUGGCGGUAAAGGGAAAUGGCAUGAGCGAUUCGGGAGAAACAGGUAGUGGGCUGUAUAUGAAUAUUAUGAUACGCUUUGAUUACCUCAAGAAUAGGCAAUGCGGAAUAUGAGUCAAGGUGUUGUCUUCCUACCAUUACAGCAUACAAAGCCCGUCAUUUGCCAAUCAAGAGGUAGGAAGUAUCUCAUUAAAAGAAAUUAACGCCGUCUAAUAACAUGACGAAGAACCCAGUUUCGCAGUCCAUGAAGGAGAUGAUGCUAUUCCACAAAAUACAUGCAAC